AUGGAAAGUAAAUCAAAUAUCUCAGGUGAAAAUUUCAAUCAUAAAAAUUGUUCAUAUUGUAAUAAACCCUUUACUGAAGAAUUAUGGUGUAAAAAAUGUGAUCCAUUUAGAAUAAUGGAAGGAUGGACCAGUGGAAAUUCUGAUAUUGAUGAGUUUAUAAAAGAUACAAUGUAUAAUGCAAGGGAUAAUGAAUAUGCUUUUCUUAAAUGGGUACCAUUUGAUAGAUUUACAGAUAUAAAAGAAAUUGGUGAAGUGAUGUAUGGAAGUUGGAAAAAAGAACUUAAACCUCAAGAAGUCGCUUUGAAAAAGCUAAAAGGAUCACAAAAUAUGUCAGAUAAUUAUUUAAAUCAACUUGAAAUACAUUGGGAAAUUACUGACGAACUGGGAUUAGAAUUUACUAAAGACCCAGAAACUAAAGAAUUUACAUUUAGCAAUUUAUUACCAAAACCCGUUAAUUCAUCCAUUAUUACUUCAUAUGUUAAUAAUGAAUGUACUAUAGAUAUUGACGAUGAAUGUAAGGUUGAUGAUUUAGUGAAUUAA